AUGUUAUUAGGCCGCAUUCGUAGCAAGACAGUUCUCAAGAAGUGCGCGUAUCGAUGGAUACGACCACGCUCAUUACUGCUGUUUGUGUUAGGAGUUGCCUUGUACCACGGUGCAGUGUGGUACCUGGGCGGAGAGUCGACGCCCGCAGGCGACUUCAUCAGGCUGCGGGUGCCUUCUAAAGGCAGGGCUGGCGGAGGAGCGCCGGUGUUACGGGAAGAAGAAUGGCUGUCGUUGAACGAUAAAGACCGAUGGAGGGCGAACUACGACGUGUUGGUGCGGUACCUGGCGGGCGAGCGCGCGCGGGGGCAGCUGCACCCGGUGGUUCUGUUUGCGUGGGCGGACUGGGCGCCGACGCGGUGUCCCCGGCGGCGGCCGCGCUGUGGGGAGUUUGCCGGGGGCGAGUGGGGCGCGAAGACGGGGCCGGUGGUGGAGCGGGUGGUGCUGGUGGCGGAGGGCCGGAACCUGGAGACGCAGGCGGCGCAGGAGGCGGCGGCGGACAGCGGCGUGUUCGGGCGGGGAAGGAUGGCUGCGGGGGCGGGGCAGAUUGGGGAGGGGCAGGCGGAGCAGGUGCUGGCGGACACCGGCGAGGUGGUGGCGCGCGGGCGGCGCGUCCGCGCGCUGCGGCUGCCGCGGCUGGAGCAGCGGGUGGCGCGCGCGUACCGGGGCGCGAACGAGCAGACGGUGGAGCUGGAGGCGGCGGACUUCGCGCUAGCGAGCGCGGCGGCGCGGCGGGCGGCGGCAGCGGAGGCGGUGAACGCGGCGCACCCCGCGUACCGGGCGUACGUGGAGCGGCUGGCGGCGGAACAUGCGGGCGCGGCGCGGGCGCGGCGCGGCAAGAAGUACUUCAGCGAGUUGAUACAGCUGCGGCCGGGGGGCCGGCGCGGGCAAGUGGACGCGCGCUUCGGCAAGGCGGGGCGCGGGCCUCCCGCGCAUGAGACCGCGCCGCAGAUGCGGCGGCUGAUGCGGUGCUGGGAGCGAUUUGCGCGGAACGAGCAGCUGCUGUACUGGCUGGCGCACGGGACGCUGCUGGGCUGGUACUGGCAGGGCACCGCGCUGGAGUGGGACUCGGACCACGACGUGCAGCUGCCGAUGCGGCAGCUGGAGCACCUCGCGCUGCACUUCAACGCGUCGCUGCUCCUGUUCGAGGACGGCGGGGAGGUUGGCCGCUACUACCUGGACAUCAACGACCACUACCGGCUGGCCGAGAAGGACCCGGACAACAUCAUCGACGGCCGCCUGAUUGACGUCGACACGGGCAUGUACAUCGACCUGACUGGCAUCCGCGCGGAGGGCGGCAAGUACACGGACGGUGCGCAUCACGUGUUUCACACACUGGCGUACCUGGACCCCCUGCGUAUCACGCUCUUCGAUGGCCUGGAGGCGCCCAUCCCGCAUGCCGUCACCUCUGUGCUCAUGAGCGAGUACGAGAGCGGUCUGUUCAUGGAUACGUUCCAGGGCUACCACUUCGACCACGAAGUGCGCGGCUGGGUGUCCUCGGCGUGCGAUGAGUGCUUCGACCGCGAUUUGGCCCUUGAAUGGCGCGCCCAUACCGACGCUCGCGCUGCUUUUUGUGAGCGUCAUGGCAGCCCGCUUUAUACGGAGUGCUGCGGCCUGCUCCAGAUCAUACCUCCGGAACCUGCGGAGGGACACAUUGCCAAGCUCAGCGCCUACUUUAAGGAGAAGGGCUACUAA